GAACAAUAACAACGAACAAAAAUGGUACAGCAACCUCAUUAUUAUUUUUCAUAUGGCUUUUAUUUUUGCAAUGUGGCUAAACAAACUCUGAAAACCGGAAGUUUUGAAAUAGUGCCGCUUGUGUGACACGCGCGUAGUAGAAAGACGGAUGGGGAUUCCUGAUCACACAAGCAAGCUAUCAAGUGUGUCAGAAGAUGAGUUCUCAACAAUAUCCACGGCCGGGAAUACCUCCUGGUAUGGGACAAAACCAGACUCCUGGAGGAAACACUGCAUUGCUGUCUGGUAGUCAACCAAACACGGCAGGAGGGGCAGACGAUAGGAACCGUGACCCUCACCCAGACCACGGUCCUCGUGACCACCCCAACAGUGGUGGUGGAGCAUUGACCUUCAGGGACGACAAGCAGGAGACAGUGGUGGUCCGGCCUUACCCGCAAGUCCAGGUCCAUGGACCCCCCCAGGGUCACCCCACUCCAGCAGGUCACCUGUCACUCCAGCAGGGCAUGCCUGUCACAGUGUCAGCCCCUCCUCCACACAUCCCCCAGGGCCUGCCUCUGGCAUUCACUGAAGGACCCAUGAAGCCAGCUCUGAAGUCGCCCAUGGCCGGUCGAGUGAUCGCCCCAGCACCAGCCAACACCCAGGGCCACAUCACCCUGCCACCUAAGGUGCCAAGCCACGUCACUGCAACCAUGGAGAGCACCGUGCCUCAGACCGCUGGCAUCCCUGUAGCAACUAUCAGUGGCCAACAGGGCAACCCCAGUAACCUGCACCAUCACCUGAUGACGACCAAUGUGCAGAUCAUUCGCAGCCAUGCACCGCCCCUGCAGCUCGGCUCCCCUGGAGCCCCCCAGCACACCUUCACCUCCCAUCUACCCAGAGGAGCUGCUGCAGCUGCUGUGAUGUCCAGUUCCAAAGGACCCACAGUACUGAGACCUGCCACAGGUGGUGGCACUGGCCCACCUACUGUCCAGCACAUCAUCCACCAGCCCAUCCAGUCCCGCCCUGUAGUCACAACGUCCACAGCUGUGAUGCCCACGGUGGUUGCCCCAUUAACGGCCACCAGGCCUCAGUCCCCAGUGGUUAGCUCAGCCACGCACUCCGCAGAGAUGGUUCAUGGGCGUCCAGGACUAAAUAUCCACCCGCCUUCAGCCACUCUGAGCAUUCAGCGUCAACCCCCAUCUCGGGACAACCCCACACGCAUCACCCUGCCCUCCCACCCUGCCAUUGGGGGUCAGAAACCCCAGCUGCCCCACACCAUGGCACAGAAGCCCAUAUUCAGCAAUGUGACUCCUGUCGCUGCUGCAACUGUUGCCCCCAUAUUAGCCACCAAUACUGCUCCAUCGCCUAGCACUACAGGCUCCGGACCCCACCCCCAAAUGACCAACAGUAACAUCGUCACCAUGACGAUGACUUCUCAUUCCUCUCACGCCACAGCAGUCACCACGUCCAACAUCCCCGUGGCUAAAGUGGUUCCCCAGCCGAUAGCCCACACCUCGCCCAGGAUCCAGCCGGAGUACCCUGGAGAGAGGGGAAACCUGAUCCCCAUCUCUGGUCACCGCUCCUCCCCCAACCCCAUCACCAUGGAGGCCCGCAAUGACAACAGGCAAUCGGUGCCAGUGCAGUUCCAGUACUUCCUGCCUACCUACCCUUCUUCACCGUUCCCCCUGACACACACCUACACCCCCAUCACCAGCUCUGUGUCCACCAUCCGACAGUACCCAGUAACCCCUCAGGCCCCCAGCGGCACAGCCAUGCAGACCCAGACGAGUGUGGGCGUGGCGUCGGCGGUGCACCUCAACCCCAUGCAACUGAUGACGGUGGACCGCAUCGCUCAGAUCAACACGCAGAACAUCCAGCCCGCCGGCAUGGCCACGCAGGGCAUCCAGCCAACCACCAUCAGCGCCCAGGGCUUGCAUUCCGCCACCGGUCAGAUCACCGCACAAAACAUCCAACCGGCACCCAUCAACCCACAACAACCAGCCAAUGAGAACAAGACCUCUAUUGUGUUAGCAGACGGCACCACUCUGGUAACCAACCCCAUCGGCCAGACGUUCGGCGGCAGCCAGCCUCCCACCUCUGUGGGUCAGACACAUCCUCAAAACACUGGGCCUGGUGCCCCCACCCUGGUGUCCUCUCCCCGACCUAGCAUCCUACGUAAGAAGCCUGCCAACGAGGGGUCUGCAGUCAGGAAGAACCUGAUCCCAGAGGCCAACAGCCCCAGGAUAGACGGAGGAAUCAGGCAUGCAUCAGGGUUUCCACGCCCAGCAGGUGUGAAACACAAGCCUGAUCUCCACGUGUCCCUGGCUCCCCCGGUGAUGUCAUCAUCCAUGGAGGCUCUGCCCAGCCAUCAGACCAAUGAACACCAGCAGCAUCCCGGAGCCCCGCCCCACCAGCAACCCUCUCAGCCAAUCCAGACGCUCCUCUCAGUGUCAGCACCCCCACACUCACAGCCUGGCCCCGCCCUGUCCGCCAUCACUCCACCAAUCUUGUCUAUGGCCAACGUGGUUAUUCCGCCUACCCAGUCAGCGGCCAGUAGCACGGCGGCAUGUGGAAUAAGCUCCACCCUCCCUGAGAUCAAGAUAAAGCAGGAGGUGGAGGCCAUGGAUACCUCCAAACCAGGUCCCCCCAUGCCCCAUUGUGGUACCCCCUUGUUGUCCAUGAUGCCCAGUGGGGAUGUGACCCCCGGGGCCUCACCCAGGAAGAAGCCCCGGAAGCAGCAGCAUGUCAUCUCCACGGAAGAGAGCGAGAUGAUGGAGACCAAUAGCACGGACGAGGAGAAGGUCCUAGCCAGACCCCUCAGCAUGAGGGCCGAGAAACGCAAGUCGCCCCUCAAGGAGUACAUAGAUGAGGAAGGGGUGCGUUAUGUCCCCACCCGUGCUCGUCCCCCGGUCACACUCCUCCGCCACUACAGGAACCCCUGGAAGGCUGCCUAUCACCACUUCCAGAGAUACAGUGACAUCCGGGUCAAAGAGGAGAAGAAGGGCACCCUGCAGGAUGUAGCCAAUCAGAAAGGGGUGGUGUGCAGAGCGCAGGGCUGGAAGAUGCACCUGUGUGCUGCACAGCUCAUGCAGCUGACUAAUCUGGAGCAUGACGUGUACAGCCGCCUCACGACCCUCCAAGAGGGUCUGAUCCCAAAGAAGAAAGCCGGGUCGGAUGAUGACCUGCACCGUAUCAAUGAGCUCAUACAGGGUAACAUGCAGCGCUGUAAGCUGGUGAUGGACCAGAUCACUGAGGCUAGAGACACCAUGAUGAAGGUGCUGGAUCACAAGGAGAAAGUCAUGAAGCUAAUCAACAAGAACGGUGGAGCCAAGAAAGUCAACAAGCUGAAGCGCAAGGACAAAGCCUAGAACAGAGGUGGGAAAAUCAAGCCUAGGCUGACCCCCUGUACCCUUCUCUUUUUGAAGGCCGCACUAGUCUACACCCCUCACUGAUCUGACCAUGGUUUGACCAUGGACAACUGGCAGAUUGUGGCAGUAUGGUGUCUGGGGUUACUUGUUAGCUGUGCGUGACCGUCCAACCACUCUUGACCUAGAACUGAGACACAAGUGGUCGGCAGAAGGAACCGAUACAGUUCCACUAUGUCCCGUGGGGAGCUUGUCAACGGACCGGAAUGUACAAGUAUUAAGACUGCUACAGGAAGUUGGUAUGUCCUCAGUUGUUGAUUGGAUGGCGGGUAGAAUUAUUAUGAUUUGAUUGGUUGAAUAAUGGUCUAGAGGGGAUGCACAAUGUUGAAUUAAUACCCUUGAACAUUGUGUGGUGUAAAGCAUUGAUAUGGGUUGUUGAACUAUCAUCAAGUACUUAUUACGUAAUAAAUGUGUAAAUCUGUACAAUGUAUUUAUCCUUUUACUUCACUCUGGUAAUGGGAUCAAAUCAGAAGUGUGCUACCAAGUGCAGUCAUUGGAAAUGUCACUCUACGGUCCAAAUGAAGAGUUUUGUAUAUCACAGUAUUCCACAAAUAUAUAUAUAUGUGUCAAA